UAGGUCAUAGGUCACAAAUGUUUAGUUGCGCAAGUGGGUGUCGUCUGUUGGAUGUGUUUUCACGAAUUUUGAAGACAGAAAGCCAUAAAAACAACUAUGUGGUGCAUAAUCAGACGUUCUAGCGUGCAAGUGUUCAGAAGAGCGUCUCGUGCGCUGAGUUAUGUACAGGGACAGGCACCGGAACCAAAAGUUCGGGAGUAUUUCUACUACAUCGACCACCAGGGACAGUUGUUCAUGGACGACACCAGAGUCAAGAAUUUCAUCACCUGUUUCAAAGAGAAGAAGUUCCUGGAAUUCUUCUUCAAGAGACUGAAGAUGAACGACAUGACCAGGUACUCGGAGGACUUCCCGUAUCUCUCGCCUUGUGGUCGAGAGCGAAACUUCGUACGCUGCGACGACCGUCCUAUCGUCUUCUCCCACAUCCUGGAACCGACGGAUGACACCGAGGGGCCCGUGUUGUCGUACAACGGUGGAGGGGACAAGCUCACAUUUCCUUUUCACCCGGACAAACUGUGUAUGUUGCCACGUAGCGGGCGCGUGUACCACCCGGCACCAGAGAAGGUUGGAGGGGUGGGGCUGGUCAAGUCCAGCCUGGCUAUAGAGCUGAGCAGAGACUUCAAGUUCGGAGAGGAGGGGGAGUACGCCCCGCCGGUGGCGUUUACGUGGAAAGGGCAGGAGGUCCCGCUAACCAACGAACUGUGGGAACUCAUGACGGAUGAAGAGAAAAAGGAACUGAGAGCAACUUGACGGAAAAGUGUUUCGACAAGCCAGACGUUUGAGGCUAGAUGACACUUUAGAGGCACCGCUUCAAAUAUCUGCAGCUAAUUCUCUAGUAGAAAUUGGACAGGAUCCCUAAACAACUUUCAGUUAAAAACUAAUUCUGUUACAAAAUACAAGCACCAUGAUCAUGCAAUCAACUUUUUUUUUGGUUUCCUUCUAUGAUGAGAGCUGUGCUAACUGUAAAUUACUUUAGUUCAAGGUCGUGAUGCAAGGUUUCAAAAAAUUCAUGCA